AGUGAGUAAGGACAGAUAAACCAAAUGAAAUAUUACUUCAACUUGUGAAUUGUCAAAAAAAAAUUACAAAAUUAUACAUAACCUUACGCCCAACACUCAGUUUCAGAAUUGCUACAAUCCUUGAAAGAUUAAAUAAUGUCUAAGCCUGUGGAUCUGGAAUUAAAAAAAGCGUUCGUGGAGUUGCAAGUCAAAAUGGUCGAGACAAGUAAAAAAAUACAAGUAAUAGACAGUCAAAUCGGAGUAUUGAAGCGAGUUUUGCAACAUGCAGAUAUCACUCAGCGUGAAAUAAGUACCUUACCACCUGGAACUAAAACCUACGAAUCAGUGGGAAGAAUGUUUCUUUUAACAGAUUUAGAUGAAAUUAAAGGUAAUCUAAAGAAUAGAAUAUCACUUUUAUCAACUCGUACUUCCGAUUUAGAGAAUAAUAAACAGUAUUUAGAGAAAAAUCUCAGAGAAAGCGAAGACAACAUCAGAGAAAUGGUACAACAACGAAAGGAACAAAAUGAAAUGAAGUCCACUUAACAUUCAGCUAUAUAACAUUUUUUUCCUUUUUAAGCUACUGUAAUAGUUGUUAUCAAUAUUAAUUAAUAGAAUAAUCUUCGCUUUAUUUAUACUCUAAAUUAUUUGAAAUAUAAAUGUUUAGAUAUACUCACUAACUUACAAAUUUGUAAUUUUAAUAAUAUGUAUUAGUAAUGUUAAAUUCUUAUGUCACAUCAAAAUAAAUAUUUUGCAUUAUG